AUGACACCAUUACAAAAUCAUGAUCACGAAGGCCCUGAAAGAAAACAAUAUAACAACAACAAGGCUAACAAUGAGCCACAGCACCACGUUGAAGAAGACGAAUCAAAUGAAAGCACUAUGGGCGUGUCCAUGGCAACCAAAUCACCUGCUGCUGAUGGUAGUGAUCCCUAUUAUACUGAAGGAUGGCACAACCCAGGAUGGUUAAGCACACUAUCACUCUUUUUGGUCUCCUUUGGUGUCGUUGGAUUCAUGUUUUCGUGGGGUGCUUUUCAACAUUAUUAUCUUGAACAUGUCUAUGGCGGCCAAACCGAUUCAUUUCAUAUCGCAUUCGUGGGCACGAUUGCCUACAUGUUGAGUACGUCCUUGGGAUUGCCUAUGGGCUAUAUCAUUUACUACAUUGGCUAUCGACGUACCAUGAUGAUUGGUACCGUGCUUUGUCCUCUUGCCCUCUUUCUUGCCAGCGUUGCCAACGAGUUGUGGCAAACAGCUUUAUCACACGGUGUCAUGUACGGCUUAGGUGCCAGCUUUUGCGUCAGUGCAACGUUUGUUCUCCCAUCCCAAUGGUUCAUAAAAAGGCGUUCCUUAGCAAAUGGCAUAGGGAACAUGGGCGUACCAGCUGGCGGCAUAUGCUUCUCACCCCUAACCCAAUACCUUCUCGAUACACUUGGGCAUCGAAAUGCAUUACGAACGAUGGCGUGCAUUUUGUUUGUGGUUUUCUCUCUGGCCACCAUUCUCAUCAGAGCCAGGUAUCCUCCAAAGCCCCCACAGUAUCGAGCUGGUGUUGAUGAUGAACAAGAUAAAAAGGCAAACACAACAAGAUCCCCUUUACUCAGUACGCCCUUUAUUCUUUUCUUGGUGUUCCUAGCACUAGCCCCAUUCGGCUACCUGAUACCCUUCUAUUUGAUGCCAACCUAUGCAACUCAAGCGCUUGGGGCAAGUGGCUCUCUUGGUGCUGCCAUGGUGUCAGUGGCAUCAGCAAGCAAUUGCAUCUCACGCCUUGUAUGGGGAUUUGCAGCUGAUCGAUAUGGUAACAUGAACACGCUCAUUUUUACAACUGGCGUCUCGGGGGCUUUGACGAUGGUGUUAUGGCAAUUAUCCAGCACUUUGCCCAUGUAUACUGUAUACUGCCUAUUGGUCGGAUUCUCAGCGGCCAUGUAUAUGAGUUUGAUGCCAUCCAUUGUUGCUUCCUUGGUGGGUAUGGAUUAUCUAUACACGGGUGCCAUGUUAUCAUGGAUGAUUGCAGCUAUCGGUGGAUUACUGGGAACACCUGUUUUCAUGAAACUACAAGCAUCCAUCGGUUGGACAGGCGCAAUCCAGCUCGCAGGCGGCUCAAGCAUAUUCGCAACCCUGUGUCUGGUUGCUGCACGAUUAUGGGUAGAUCGAAGAAUCAUAAGCAAACUGUAA